AUGCCCAUCCUGGAAAAAAAAAACCAUAAGAUGGUGGCAAAAUCUUCUAGCAGUGAGGAGGAGCCCCUGCCCAAGCUUCCCGUGCCCCCACUGCAGCAGACCCUGGCCACGUACCUGCGGUGCAUGCAGCACCUGGUGUCCGAGGACCAGUUCCGAAGGAGCCAGGCCAUCGUGCAGCAGUUUGGGGCCCCAGGUGGCCUGGGGGAGACCCUGCAGCAGAAGCUCCUGGAGCGGCAGGAGAAGACAGCUAACUGGGUAUCUGAAUACUGGCUUAAUGACAUGUAUCUCAAUAACCGCCUGGCUCUGCCUGUCAACUCCAGCCCGGCUGUGAUCUUUGCCCGGCAGCACUUCCGAGACACCAAUGACCAGCUCAGAUUUGCAGCCAAUCUCAUCUCUGGUGUGCUUAACUACAAGGCUCUGCUGGACAGCCACUCCAUCCCCGCCGACUGUGCCAAGGGCCAGCUGUCAGGGCAGCCCCUCUGCAUGAAGCAAUACUAUGGGCUCUUCUCCUCCUACCGGCUGCCUGGCCACACCCAGGACACACUGGUGGCCCAGAAGAGCAGUGUCAUGCCUGAGCCGGAGCACGUCAUCGUGGCCUGUGGCAACCAGUUCUUUGUCUUGGAUGUUGUCAUUAAUUUCCGCCGUCUCAGUGAGGGGGAUCUGUUCACUCAGUUGAGAAAGAUAGUCAAAAUGGCUUCCAACGAGGAUGAACGCUUGCCUCCAAUCGGCCUGCUGACGUCAGACGGGAGGAGCGAGUGGGCUGAGGCCAGGACGGUCCUCGUGAAAGACUCCACCAACCGGGACUCUCUGGACAUGAUCGAGCGCUGCAUCUGCCUGGUGUGCCUGGACACCCCUGGAGGUGUGGAGCUCAGCGACACUAACAGGGCGCUCCAGCUCCUUCACGGCGGAGGAUGCAGCAAGAAUGGGGCUAACCGCUGGUACGACAAGUCCCUGCAGUUUGUGGUGGGCCGGGACGGCACCUGCGGUGUGGUAUGUGAACACUCCCCGUUUGAUGGCAUCGUCCUGGUGCAGUGCACAGAGCACCUGCUCAAACACAUGGUGAAGAGCAGCAAGAAACUGGUCCGAGCGGACUCCGUCAGUGAGCUGCCAGCCCCCAGGAGGCUGAGGUGGAAAUGCUCCCCAGAAAUUCAAGGCCUCUUAGCCUCCUCUGCAGAAAAACUUCAACAAAUAGUAAAGAAUCUCGACUUCACUGUUUAUAAAUUUGACUACUAUGGGAAGACGUUCAUUAAGAAGCAGAAGUGCAGCCCUGAUGCCUUCAUUCAGGUAGCCCUACAGCUGGCCUUCUACAGGCUCCACAGGAGACUCGUGCCCACCUACGAGAGCGCAUCCAUUCGCCGAUUCCAGGAGGGGCGGGUGGACAACAUUCGCUCAGCAACUCCAGAGGCUCUGAGUUUUGUGACAGCCGUCACUGACCACAAGGCCACAAUGCCGGAUUCAGAGAAGCUGCAGCUGCUGAAGGACGCCCUUGGUGCUCAGACCCAGUACACAGUCAUGGCCAUAACAGGGAUGGCCAUUGACAAUCACUUGCUGGGACUUCGGGAGCUGGCCCGGGAUGUGUGCAAGGAGCUACCCGAGAUGUUCACAGAUGAAACGUACCUGAUGAGCAACCAGUUUGUCCUCUCCACCAGCCAGGUGCCCACAACCAUGGAGAUGUUCUGCUGCUAUGGUCCUGUGGUGCCCAACGGGUAUGGUGCCUGCUACAACCCCCAGCCAGAGAGCAUUCUUUUCUGCAUCUCCAGUUUUCACAGCUGCAAAGAGACCUCUUCUACCAAGUUUGCAAAAGCCAUGGAAGAAAGCCUCAUUGAAAUGAGAGACCUCUGCAGUCCGCCACAGUCAGCCACAGGCAAGCCACUAGCCACAAAAGAAAAAGCAACUAGGCCCACUGCGGGUAUCAGCUUUGACUCCCACCACUAGGUUUCACCUACACAGACCCAGCCUUCUGCAGCUUCCAGACCCUGC